CUCUCAUGCACUCACACACACACUGAUCGGAUCUCUGUAGGAGCUGCUGAUUUCACGAUGGGUUGCUGAUGGGGUUGCUACAGUGAUUUCUAUCAGCUCUGUGAUUGGCUCAUUUUGUGGCUGCUGUCGCGAUGGCGAAGAGUCCGGAAGUGAAGCUGGCAGUUUUUGGCAGAGCGGGAGUGGGCAAGUCAGCUCUUGUGGUGCGAUUCCUGACCAAGCGCUUCAUAUGGGAGUAUGACCCCACACUCGAGUCCACGUAUCGACAUCAAGCGAAUAUUGACGAUGAAACAGUCAGCAUGGAGAUUCUAGACACGGCCGGACAGGAGGAUCUUCUGCAGAAGGAGGGUCACAUGCGCUGGAGUGACGGCUUCAUCCUGGUGUAUGACAUCACAGACCGCGGGAGCUUCGAGGACGUGGCUCCUCUCAAAGUUCUUCUGGAUGAGGUGAAGAGACCCAAACACGUCCCACUGGUCCUGCUGGGAAACAAAGCGGAUCUGGAACACGCCCGACAGGUCGCCACGGAGGAGGGCGAGAGGCUCGCUGCGGACAUGGCCUGCGCGUUCUACGAGUGUUCAGCGUGUGCGGAUCAGGUGGGCACGGGUGGAGGCGUGGCUGAGGCUUUCUACGAGCUGUGUCGCGAGAUUCGCCGUAGACGCGCCGUACAGGGCAAAACACGCCGCAGGAGCUCCACGACACACGUCAAACAAGCCAUUAACAAGAUGCUCACCAAGAUCAGCAGCUAGAGAGCUUUGACAGCUGAGAAGUUCAUUAACAAUCGCUGACAUUUUUUAAAGGGGUCAUAUCACGAGGAAUCAAAUAUUCCUUGACCUUUUAAAAUAAGAGUUCAUUAAACAUACUGUAACUUUCAGAACCCAAAAAAAGCAUUUAUUAAAAACUAAACCAUAAAAAUAACUCGUUCUGAACUUCUGACUUCAGAUGAACUCAUGCUCACCCACAUUUACACAUCAAUUAUGCCUAUUUAAGUAAUAAGGAUGAAAUAUCAUAGACACAAUUAUUCCUACACAGCAGAAGAACUGAUGAUAAAGGGCGUUGAUACACCCUCAGUGAAUUUUUUUGUUCUUUGCUCAAAGCUACAAAGAACGUUGAAACAGUCAAGUAACAGUGUACUGUUUGCGAAAAUUCGUACACCAGGACCAGCAUUUAGAGAAGCAUUUAAAUCAGACACAUGCUGUCAAACAGGAAAAGAUGUUUUAACAACUUGACGGUGCUUUAAAAUAAUAUAUAUGCAGUAGAUAAUGUGUAAUUUGUCAUGUUUACAUUCUGCAUUCAUGGCGUUAAUGCUAACGCUAACAUACUAUAGGCUAUGUAGUCAUAAUAUGCUUCAGUUACUAUCUGUAAUAGCAUUAUUUGAUUUUUUAUGUGAAAAUAAUUCACGUAUGAUGAUGAAAACGUUUUUUAUACAUGUUCUUUAAGAAAUACACUGAUUACAUUAAGAAAGUGUUUAACAGGCAGGACAAGGUGUUCUUGAAAGUUUGUGCUAGUAAACUGUUUUGAGGGCCAAUGACGUGGCGCUAAUUUUUUGGUCCAGAUCAUCUCCAAUACACCUCUUCUAUGAUUAACAAGUUCAAAGUAAUUUUUAUGUUUUUUCCAGGGGCUUAAAAUAAAAAAUGUCAUGUGGUGUAACCAUCCAGAGACAGUAAAAGAAAAUCAAAAAUUCAAAAGCUGAAAUACUUGAAAAAAGAAAUGUUGGUGCAUUCAAGUCAUGUUGGAAUGAUCGUAUUUAUGAGUUGAACGCACAUGAACGGCACCACAAUUACGAGUGGGAAACUCAGGAUUUUCUUUGAUCCCUGACUUUCUGAGUUGGAUGUGUGUCGAUUUAAGAAUCAUGGAGGAAGCAAAUUGUUAUUGGUAAUAAUUCAUUUUUACUUGAGGAUUUGGACUGUGCAGUUUAGUUUGUAUUAGAGGCAGACCCAGGUGCGUAGAUUCCAGGGGGGAUGCAAGUACAACUCCCCCAUUAUUGAUACCAUGAUCAGUGUAAACAUGGGUAAAUGCUUUACAUUGCAACCCCCUAAUGUUCAAGCCAAAUCUACACACUUGGGUAGACUGAUAUAUCGGUUUUACAUAUUAAUCGGUGCCGAUAGUUGCUUUCUGGAACUAUCGUUAUUGGCAAAAAACCUCUGCCGAUAGUUGCCGAUAUUCUUUUAUUGCUCAUUCAUAUCUAUUUAUAUUUAAUAAUAAUACAGGCUAGAGGUAGACCGAUAUAUCGGUUUUACUGAUUAAUCAGCACCGAUAGUUGCUUUUUGGAACUAUUGUUUAUCUGCAAAAAUCUCUGCCGAUAGUUGCCGAUAUUUCUUUAUUGCUCAUUCAUAUCUAUUUAUAUUUAAUAAUAAUACAGGCUAGAGGUAGACCAAUAUAUCAGUUUUACUGAUUAAUCAGUGCCGAUAGUUGCUUAUUGGAACAAUCGGUUAUCUGCAAAAAUUUCUGCCGAUAGUUGCAAAUAGUUUUUUUAUUCCCCAUUAAUAUCUGUUUAUAUUUAAUAAUAAUUCUGGCUAGAGGUAGAUUUAUUUUAAAUUUUUUUUAUUUUUUUUUUCUCCCCAAUUUGGAAUGUUCAAUCCCCAUUGCGCUCUAAGCCCUCGCGGUGGUGUAGUAACUCGCCUCAAUCCGGGUGGCGGAGGACGAAUCUCAGUUGCCUCUGCGUCUGUGACCGUCAAUCUGCGCAUCUUAUCACGUGGCUUGUUGAGCAUGUUACUGCGGAGACAUAGCACGUGUGGAGGCUUCGCGCUAUUCUCCGCGGCAUCCACGCACAUCUCACCACACGCCCCACUGAGAGCAAGAACCAUAUUAUAGCGACCACAAGGAGGUUACCCCAUGUGACUCUACCCUCCCUAGCAACUGGGCCAAUUUGGUUGCUUAGGAGACCUGGCUGGAGUCACUCAGCAUGCCCUGGAUUCAAACUCAUGACUCCAGGUGUGGUAGUCAGCGUCAAUACUCGCUUAGCUACCCAAGCCCCCCCAAAUUAUUAUUAGAUUAAAAAAAAAAUCAACUUUGGACAACCAUAUUUGUCAACGACCCUUGAACCACCGCAACAAACUCCUUCUUUUUGGCCAGAUUUAGUUCGAAAUUACAUCACACCCAUUUUCAAUUAGAUUUUGUUAGAUGUAUAUUGCCGCCUUAAAGAGUAAAAUGUGGUGACGUGUGUAAAAGCUUGCACUGUUUGUGUGUGUGUGUGUGUGUUUGUGUGUGUGUGUGUGUGUGUGUGUGUGUGUGUGUGUGUGUGUGUGUGUGUAUGUGUGUAGCAUCUGCCGCUCUGCAGAUCCUUCUGAAGAAUGUUCAAGAUCCAAGAUCAAGAUCCCUGAUCAUUUCAGUCUGAUCUGAACAGUUUCAGCACAGAUUGUCUGUCAUAAUGUAAUGCAGCUGUUAUUAAAGGAUGAGACAGUUCAAGCUAUAUUGAACCCGACAACAAACAUGCAGCUCGUGUAUAAACGCAUAAAAGUGCUGUUACUCAUUUCAUAUGUGAAAAGGAUGUUUCUCAAAGACACAAUGGCAAAAAAAAAAAAAAAGCUGCACAUUUUAUUGUAAUGGUCAGAGAGAGGGUAAAAAAUGGCCACAAAACAAACUUUACUAACACUAUAAAUGGACCUCAGGGAAAGAAAGUAAACAAAAACGAUGAUAUGACCCCUUUAAAGUUCUGACAGAAGCGUUACAUAACCUGCACAACGUGCCUCAUGCUUUAUUGUUUGGAUGCAGUAUGACCGUGUGUGUUCAUAUUUUUCUGCAUUGUGGCGUGUGUACUCUCAAUUUUUUCCACAGUUUGAGGCCUCCAGUUGUAUAUUUGUUCUCGCAGCUGAAUCGAAUGAUUUCGUGAAAUGUCAACAGUGAUAUCAGCGUCACAGUUCGCUGCGCUGCAGUCCAGUCCUCAUUCAACACAUGUUGACUUUAGAGAAACAUUUCAAGCCGAAACAUCGGCCAUCCAAUAAACCGCUAUCAUCAUUCAUAAUCAUGGCAUUACGACAUCAAACACAGAUGCCUGAUGUUGGAAUGUCUGUCUGCAUUUUUCUGCAUGUUGUUACAGAUGUUAUCUCAUAUAAGAACUCUCCUCUCAUUGGCUCAGAGAAUCUGAGGGCCAUCAGGGACCAAAAUGGUCAUAUUUGUCAUGUUUUUCUCCUUUGAAGCCAUUACUCACCGUCACAAACACGUGUAAACAAAUGUAUAUUUCUCCCUGUAUGACUUAAGAGUUCUAUUGUCAAAAGAUGUGUACAGUAUAUAUCUAAAACAUGCCAUGUUUCUGUACAGUGUCUGAUACUGUAGAAGGUAUUCUUUCACUGUUUGCUGAGCACACAGACUCGAGCGCUGUGCAAUAAAGAACGUGUG